AUGGAUAGAGCCUUCGGGAGAUCUCUUUCUUCGUCCUUGGUCACCUUUACGGUUGGUGCCGACAAGAAGGAAAUACCCGUACAUUCUUCUGCACUUGCGCAGCUUUCUCAAAGUCUGGAUGCUCUUAUCAACGGUGAAAUAAUCGAGGCAAAAACAAAACAGGUUGACUGGUCAGAGGUCGAUGUUGACACAUUCGCUCGGUUAUGUGAAUUUGCCUGUCGCCGCAACUACAUCUCGCCUUCAUUUCGCCUGAUAGAUCUAAACUCUUAUCCAUUUAGCCCGGUAAAUGGAAAGUCUCUUCACUCGAAUGUGGGCGGUGACGAGGCUACUCCCGAGCCGACUACGUUCCAGUACGAUGGGAAUUCCCUGCCUGAGAUGCCAUAUAAGGAAAGAAGUAUUUCGACACGACAACUGCACAACGCAUUUACGCAGAUUCCCGUUAACGUCUUCCAAAGUAACCCCUCAUCCUAUAGUACUUCGACUUCCAAAACAUCUACAAAUACCAAGCCCUCCCAAGACUUCACCCUGUGUUUCUCGGACAUGCCCACCUCUAUGUGCUGGCCGACAAAUAUGGCAUAG